AUGUGUCUGAAAAGCACUGUCCAGUACUAUACUAGUAGGGAUACACCAGUUAGCGCCUGCUUCUUAGACUUAUCGAAAGCCUUCGAUCUGGUCUCGUAUGAUAUACUUUGGCAAAAGCUGACCAAUGAGACCAGUGUCCCCGAGGACUUGAUUGAGAUCCUGAAGUUUUGGUACGGGAACCAGAUUAACUCGGUCAGGUGGGCGGGCGUUCACUCGGGUGAAUACCGUCUGGAAUGUGGAGUAAGGCAGGGUGGUCUGUCCUCUCCUAGGUUGUUUAACCUAUAUGUGAACCAGCUUAUGGAUGAGCUCAACAAUGCCUAUGUCGGAUGCUCCGUGGAUGGAAAAUCCAUAAAUAACAUCAGUUAUGCUGAUGAUAUGGUGUUGUUGAGCCCAUCCAUGAGUGCACUUCAAGAGUUGCUGGAUAUUUGUGACAGGUACUCGGUAAGACAUGGGCUAAGGUACAAUGGGAAAAAGAGUGAGGUACUUGUUUUCAAAGCAGGAAGAAAAUUCUACAAAACAGUACCUCCUGUGACCUUGGGCGGGGAACCACUCAGGGUCACUAAAACUUUCAAAUACCUUGGUCACUGGGUCACCGAGGGCCUAAAAGAUGACCUCGACAUAGAGAGGGAGCGUAGAGCGUUGGCCGUCCGCGGAAAUAUGCUGGCGCGCAGGUUUGCCAGGUGUAACAAAGACGUGAAAAAGACGCUUUUUAAAGCUUUUUGCCAAUCGUUUUACACCUGCAGCCUGUGGGCUAGCUAUACUCAGCGAGCGUACAAUGCUCUACGAAUACAAUAUAACAACGUUUUCAGGAUGCUGAUGGGGCUGCCACGGCACUGUAGUGCGUCGAGAAUGUUCGCGGAGGCGCACACGGAUGACUUUUUUGCAAUUAUACGCAACAGAUCGGCGUCACUUAUGCAGAGACUGUGUGGCAGUACCAAUAGCAUCCUGAAAACGUUGGCAGGUAAGAUAGAUGCACCACUGCUCAUGCACUGGAAUGGACUGCAUGUGGCAGCCACAGAUGCUGAGAAGUGGUGCAUCUAG